AUGAUUAAACAUAAAUUAAUAAUAUUUUAGAUUAUAUGCAAUUCUACAGCAGCGAUAGUGAUCAGUGCAUUUUUCAAAGAAUACAUAUCCUUAUCAAUAUAUAGUUCCAUUUUAUUAUUUACAAUACUAUUUUGUAUAUUGAAAUAACCAAAACUCUAAUAAAUCAUAUAAUUUAUACUAAUACUUCUAAUCUAAGAAAACUCUAAAUAUAAUAAAAUGGAAUUUUAACAUUUUCAAUUUUAACUAAUUUGGAUUUAUUUGGCAUAUCAAUUGAUAUAAAAUAAUUCAACUUUUGAAUUACCUAUUUUAUUGGAAUUACUAUUUUCAUCCAUAAUUAACAUAAUUAUUUCUUUUGAAGCCUAUAAUUCUAAAUUUUAUUACUCCAUCACUACUGCUUUGAUCUAUACACUUAGCAUCAUUACCUAUUAUUAUUAUAAAAAUAAAGAAUCAUUUAUUAAAUCAUUAGACUUAGAAUUAGUUACUCCUAAAAUUAAUGAAUUUCAAAGAAUAUUUACAAACAAAACAUAAACUCCAAGAAAUAAUGAAAUAUAAAUUUUUGACCACUUACCAAUUGGUUUGGUUGUAUUAACAUAAGAUCAUGAUUUUCAAUAUAUGAAUAAAAGAGCAAGAACCUUAUUAGAAAGAGCUUCAAAUACAUAAAUAACAGAAGACAAUGUUGUAAUCAUAAUAAAAGAACUACUAAAAAAGUAUUAAUUCAAAAUAUAUUAAAGAUGUAUAAAUGAAAAAAUAGCAAGUGUUGGUAAUCUAUCUAGACCUAGUUAAACUAGAAUACAUUAAUUAUUAUCUAAAUUCAAUCAAAAAUAGAGAGUGAGUAUGCCACAUUUAGAUGAUAAUUUUAUUAAAUAAAUUGAUCCUAUCAAUAGUAUAUUGCAUUAAUAUAAUGAUUUUGUUCCAUAUUCAUAAUAAUUCAUGGAUGUAAUAUAAUAUAUAUUUAAAGAGCAAAUAUAGAAUUUAAUAUACUUAUAAAGGCAAAAAAAGAUGCUUCCGAUUUCAUUUUAUGAAACAUCACUAUUAAAUUAUAAUCAAUUUAUUAGAUGAAACAUCUAAAAUUGGAAAAUUAGACUAAAAAAGCAAACAUAUUUUUUAGAAUUAAUUAUUAAAUUCAUUUUCUCAUGAAUUAAAAACUCCAUUAAAUUGUAUAUAAUAAUUACUGGAAGUUAUUAUGUUGAAAGUAAAUUCAGAAUUAUAAGAAAAUAUUGUAAAACCUAUAAAAUGGUAAACAGAUUUAUUAUUAUGUUAAAUUAAUGAUAUACUUGAUUAUGCAUCAUUUGAAAUUAAUGAUUUUAAUUGGGAUUUUUCAUUAUUUUAUUUAGAAGACUUAUUAUAAGAAUGCAUAUCAAUAUAUUUUUAGGGCUGCAAAUAAAAAAAUAUAGAACUAAAAAUAGAAUCAAAUUCUGAAGAUAAACAUAUGAUAAAUAAUGAUUAUAAAAGAUUAAAAUAAGUGAUUGUCAAUCUUUUAAAUAACUCUAUUAAAUUUACAUAAUAGUAUGGAGAAAUUGUUUUAAAAAUUUAAGAAUUAAAAAAUAAUAUGUAUUAAAUUUAAGUAAUUGAUUCUGGAUUAGGUCUAUCAUAAGAAUAACUUUGUUAAUUAUAAAUUAAUAUUGAAUAAGAUAAUUUAGAAAAUGAAUAUCAUUAAUUUCAUGUUGGAUUAGGAUUAAAAGUAGCUAAUAGAUUGAUUAUAGGAUUAUCAUCUUUAAAAAAAGGCUUAAAAAUAAAUUCAACUCUUAAUAAAGGAACAAUAAUUUCAUUUACAAUUGAGGAUUUCAUAGAAGAUAAUAAAAGUUAAGCAUCAGAAACAUAAGUUAAAGAUGUUUAACUGAGUAGAUAAUUGAGUCAACUUACAACUAGAGAAUUUAAAUUUAUCAAAUAAAUAAUUUGUAAAUGUAAUAAAAUAUUAAUUGUUGAUGAUAUUCCAUUCAAUCAUCAUGCUUUAAAAAUGAUUCUUAACGAAUUAAAUUGUCAAGCAGACAGUGUUUAUGAUGGAUAAUAAGCUAUAGAUCUUGUUUAAUAAAGAAUUAAAAAUAAUAAAUGUCAUCCGUUUUAUUCAUUGAUUCUGAUGGAUAUUGAAAUGCCUAAAUUAAAUGGAUUUGAAGCAUCUCUUAAAAUUAAGUAGAUCCUUGGAGAUUAGAGUGAUUAGACUACUAUAGUAAUGUGUUCAGCUUAUGAUAAUUAAGACUGUAUAAAGAUGUGUUAGAGAUGUUUAAUGAGUGAUGUAUUACCAAAACCAAUUACAAAGAUGAGUUUACAAUACAUCUUAGAAAAAUAUUUAAGAUGA